GUUCUUUCAUUUUAGCUGAGAUACGAAAAUGGGCAUGCUAAUUGUUAGCCUCGUGAAAGAGUGUGAAAUUAUACACUUUAAUUGUGUUUUCUGAUCUUGAAGGAGCUAGUUAAGGGUUCAACCAAAAACGUUAAGUAAGUAUCUACGUUAUUUCAAGUUAAAUGACUUUGAAUCAAGGUAUUAACUCAAGGAAACGUAGCUAAGGAAAGCAGUUGAAGUAUUCAGACACAACACAGAAGUUGUUGGGAUCGUCCACCCCUAACACAGUGAUGACCUCACAGCAGCAUUCCCUCCCCAAUGCAAAUGUCAACCCUCCCCUCCUCAUCCCCCAGAACUCAUUAGCUCACCCGGGCAGGCCUCACAUUCAUCCAAACCAGCUGGACUCUACUCAGAGUAGUGCUGCGGGGCACCCUGCCUCCCACACAGGUCUGAUGGGCGGUGUGGGGUCCUCGUCGGUGGGGACCUCCAGCGGAGUUGCAGUGAAUAGGGGCACGUUGGCCUCCUGCACUAACUCUGCCUCCUCAAGGACGCCCUCGUCAGGACGCUUUGAACCCUGGCCCGAGGAGGCCGUAGACAAUGCUUACGGCUUGUACUCACUGCACCGCAUGUUCGACAUAGUGGGAGCCCAGCUCACGCACCGCGAUGUGCGAGUCCUCUCGUUCCUGUUCGUGGAUGUCAUUGACGAGUAUGAGCGCGGUGGCAUCAGGAGUGGCCGGGACUUCCUGCUGGCUCUGGAGCGCCAGGGGCGAUGUGAUGAGACCAACUUCAGACACGUCCUGCAGCUGCUUCGCAUCAUCACACGGCACGACCUGCUGCCCUACGUCACACUCAGGAAGAGACAGACCGUGUGCCCAGACCCAGUGGAUAAGUACCUGGAAGAGACGUCGGUACGUUAUGUGUCCCCCAGAAGAGGAGGAGAGAGCAGGGAGGCUGCACCCCACAGAAGGACAGGUCCCCAGCCAGUGAUCUGCUGUUCUCCAUCGGGGACCCAGGUGGGCCCUUCCCGCACCAAGCCAGGCCCCCCAUUACCCAGCCGCAAAAGAAAGAGGGCCUACGCCACAGGUGACUGCAGGGAAAAGCAAACCUGUGACAUCCGCCUACGAGUGCGUGCUGAGUACUGCCAGCAUGAAUCAGCGCUUCUGGGAAACGUUUUCUCCAACAAGCAGGAGGCUCUGGAGAGGCAGUUUGAGAGGUUCAACCAGGCAAACACUAUCCUCAAGUCCCGGGACCUGGGCUCCAUCAUCUGCGACAUCAAGUUCUCGGAGCUCACCUACCUAGAUGCUUUUUGGCGGGACUACAUCAACGGCUCCCUGCUGGAGGCCCUGAAGGGUGUCUUCAUCACAGACUCACUCAAACAGGCAGUGGGCCAUGAGGCCAUCAAACUCCUGGUCAAUGUGGAUGAGGAGGACUAUCAGGCUGGCCGCCGCAAGCUGCUCCGGAAUCUGGUCACAGGAGUGGGGGCAGGGUCUGCAGCUGAAACCGCAGCCGCACUUGGAGGGAGCAGAGGGACUCCAUCCUAGAAACGCAUGCGUCUGCUGCUUUUAGCAGAGGGGGAACCCGUGUCCCGAAUAAGAGAACUUGACUUCAUGGUGAGGACAGGAGCAAGAAAAGUGAAAAGGCUGUUCUGUUUCAGGAAGAAGUGUGAGGGAGAAUGCUGGGUGCCCUGCCCUUUCAUCUAUGAAGGGAAUGUGAAAUAAAAGUGAUCCAAAGCAAGUGAGUCAGGAGAUGUGGAACACAGACCGAAGAGAAGUGCUUUGAAAGUUGAAGGGCUUUGUUCUUUCUGCUGGAGGGACAAUGCUAAUAUUUUCUAUUGUAACUUGUGAGUUGACUAUAAAAUCAGAUUUGACAUUU